AUGCCAGGGGUCUUAUGCCAGGGGCUUUAUGCCAGGGGCUCUAUGCCAGGGGCUUUAUGCCAGGGGUUUUAUGCCAGGGGUCUUAUGCCAGGGGCUUUAUGCCAGGGGCUUUAUGCCAGGGGUCUUAUGCCAGGGGUCUUAUGCCAGGGGUCUUAUGCCAGGGGCUCUAUGCCAGGGGCUUUAUGCCAGGGUCUUAUGCCAGGGGUCUUAUGCCAGGGGUCUUAUGCCAGGGGCUUUAUGCCAGGGGCUCUAUGCCAGGGGCUUUAUGCCAGGGCUCUUAUGCCAGGGGCUCUUAUGCCAGGGGUCUUAUGCCAGGGGUCUUAUGCCAGGGGCUCUAUGCCAGGGGCUUUAUGCCAGGGGUCUUAUGCCAGGGGUCUUAUGCCAGGGGCUCUAUGCCAGGGGCUUUAUGCCAGGGGCUCUAUGCCAGGGGCUUUAUGCCAGGGCUCUUAUGCCAGGGGCUUUAUGCCAGGGGCUUUAUGCCAGGGGUCUUAUGCCAGGGGUCUUAUGCCAGGGGCUUUAUGCCAGGGGCUUUAUGCCAGGGGUAUUAUGCCAGGGGUCUUAUGCCAGGGGCUUUAUGCCAGGGGUUUAUGCCAGGGGUCUUAUGCCAGGGGUCUUAUGCCAGGGGUCUUAUGCCAGGGGCUUUAUGCCAGGGGUCUUAUGCCAGGGGUCUUAUGCCAGGGGUCUUAUGCCAGGGGCUCUAUGCCAGGGGCUUUAUGCCAGGGGCUCUAUGCCAGGGGCUUUAUGCCAGGGCUCUUAUGCCAGGGGUCUUAUGCCAGGGGUCUUAUGCCAGGGGUCUUAUGCCAGGGGUCUUAUGCCAUGGGCUUUAUGCCAGGGGCUCUAUGCCAGGGGUCUUAUGCCAGGGGCUUUAUGCCAGGGGUCUUAUGCUAG